UUCAUUGGUUAAAAAAUUUGCUUCCUUUUGGCUGAUUGGAUAGCAACACUAUCACGUGUUCGGAAAUGCACCGGAGAAAAACGGGACACUGGGGACAAACUAUUCACUUGGACAAUGGCAGCUUCAAGGAAAGUGGGAUCUUUGCGCCUGCCUCCGCUGCCCACUGUAGGUGAGCUGAUAAAGCUGUACAACCUGCGAGCAGAGAAGCAGCUUUCCCAGAACUUUCUGCUGGACUUAAAGCUUACAGACAAGAUAGUUCGCCAGGCCGGCAGUUUGACGGGUGCUCACGUCUGCGAGGUGGGUCCAGGUCCCGGUGGUCUCACCCGCUCCAUUCUCAAUGCAGAAGCGGCAGAUGUGCUAGUUGUGGAGAAAGAUUCACGCUUCAUCCCUGGACUGAAGCUGCUGUCUGAGGCGUCAGCAGGCCGGCUGAGGAUCGUUCACGGAGACAUUCUCACCUACAGGAUGGAUCGAGGAUUCCCAGCAGCUAUCUCGAAGCCUUGGGAGGAAGACCCACCAAACCUCCACAUCAUUGGGAACCUACCAUUCAGUGUCUCGACCCCGCUUAUUAUCAAGUGGCUGGAAAAUAUAGCGGACAGGACGGGGCCGUUCACCUUCGGACGUGCCCGACUCACCCUCACGUUCCAGAAAGAGGUGGCAGAGAGGUUGACAGCCAGCACCGGCAGCAGACAGAGAAGUCGUCUGUCCAUCAUGGCUCAGUAUCUCUGCACCGUCAAGAAGCGCUUCGUCAUCCCUGGUCGAGCGUUUGUUCCCAAGCCAGAGGUGGAUGUGGGAGUAGUUCACUUCACCCCUUUGGUCAAGCCUCAGAUUCAACAGCCCUUCAAGCUGGUGGAGAAAGUAGUCAGGAAUGUUUUCCAGUUCCGUCGGAAGCACUGCCAUAAAGGAAUCAGAAUGCUGUUUCCGGAGGCGUGCCGCUUGGAGCUGACGGAGGAGAUGAUGCAGAGGGCAGACGUGGACCCCGUUCUGCGCCCCACCGAGCUCACCAUACCCCACAUAAGGGCCUUGUCGGACGCCUACGCUCACCUCUGCGCCAACGACCCCAACCUCUUUAGCUACGACUUCAGAGAAGAACUCAGGCUGAAGCACCUGGGGAGGAAUCACCACACUUCAGUGGACGUGUUUAAAGAGAUGCCGAGUGCUCCGCAACCGUGCUGAAAACAAGCAUGAAAACCAAAAGGAGCCCACUAAUAGCCUCUGCUAGCGCAGAAAGACAACACAUUGCUCUUAGCCUUGACAUUUCCACCUAGCACAGACAUGCAUUUUUAAACAUUCUCUUUGCACCCAGGGAGAAAUAAGUCAUUCGAAACACAUGAACGGGUGUACGAGCGGUGCUUGCCUUCCAUGCAUUUUUGGAAAGGGAAAGAAAGCAGCUAGUUGCCCGUAGCAGCUCCUGGCGAGUAAGUAUCUCUUUAUGUCCCAUUUCUUUUUUCAUUUCUGUCUAACACCUUGUCCUGUGGGAGCUGAAAGAAAUGUCAGUGCUUUCAGGGUGAUUUAGAGAUCGGGAACAUGGCAGCUCCACAUCCAGGACAAUUUUUUUUCAUUCAAGUGUGUAUUGCUCCAUCACUUGGGAGACGGACCUUAAAGGGUUGCUGAAAUUGCUGUGAAUUUGUCAGCUCAAAUAAAAAAACAGACAAAAUAAGGAUCAGAACUCAUAGUACAAUAAUUUUUAACAGUCUUUUCUGGGUUUUUUUUUUUUUUUGCAUUCUCUCAAUAAAUAUUUUGAUUACGUAAGCCGUUGUUUGUACGUAUGCCAAAGCUACCAGUAAAUGAGCCAAUAUAUUACCAGUGAGUUUGGUCUUAUCAAAUUAAAACGCUUUCUAAGCAAAACGUAUGUUGUGAAUAAACUCAAAGCUGUAAUUAUUAUUCAAAUAUUAUAUGAAAGUGUUUUAAAUACUCCUCUUUGAAUAUUAUAGCAGGUUUUUACCAGCAGAACAUGACGCUGCUGCUCCCUGCCAGUGCGACAGAUGGUAUGCUUGGGUUGACUUGCCAGAAAGCGACUUGGUUCCGUUUUGAUGUGCGAUGGGUAAUAAUCUCUUGCAGCAAUGGAAAAUUCACAUGCAUCGAUAUGCUGCGUUCUGCAGUUCACUCUUUGGCCUUAAUGAAAUCCUGAGUGGUGCAGUGCAAUGCCGAGCUUUUAUUUUGGUAAGCGAGGGAACGUGGCUGAUUUUAAUGGUGAGAAAUUAUGUCAUGCAGAGGAGCAGCAGGGUAGUGAUGUGCUAAUGAGGUAUGGCUGUGCAGUGAGGCAGACACCUCUUUGGACGCUGCAGUAUUUUCAUGAGGUCUCUGAAUGUCAGAUUCCAUGCAUUGUGCAUCAACAACGUAAUCAUAGGGGAGUUCUGUCUCAUCAGCAUUUCUGUUAUUAACUCGAUAAUACUAAACAGACAUUUAAGAUUUGUUGGACUGCAUGCAAAGCAGGUUUUGCCUCCAACUCAUUUAGUGGAUCAUUUAGCAUCAGACUGCGCCCUGCUUUUUCUAAAUGCAAGCACAUGAUCGGGUUCCUGUUAAAAGGAUUUUAUGUGAUGGUCGAAAACAUUGAAGAGCAAAGACAAUACCGGAUUUUACAAGUAGCUACUUUUAAGAAUCUGACUUCGCCCUGAGUCAGCUUUUUUGGGUUAUGUCUUUACCAUCCAGAGACCUUCAUUUUUAGCCAAUCUUGCAGAUGAGCAUGUUUCUAUCAGGGCCAUUAUUUUGUAGCUGGCAGUUUUGGUGUUGCCAUCCUGCUGGAAGGUGAGCCUCCGCCCUCGUCUCCAGUCUUUUGCAGCCUCUAACCGGUUAUCUUCCAGUCUUGCCCUGUAUUUAGAUUCAUCCACCUCACCAUCAACUCGGACCAGCUUCCCAGUCCCUCCUGAGGAAAUGUAUCCCCACAACAUGAUUCAAGGUAGUGUUAGUUUUCUGCCAUGUGAUAUUAAGCUUGUAACCCAAUGAAUUUAUUCUCAUUUGGCCAGCAGACCUUCUUGACCAUAUUGUGGGUCUCUGCCGUUCCUCUAGAGUUACCUUUUGGUUGCUUCCCAAAUAUAUGCUGUCCUAACCCGACCUAUAAGUUUAAUUGGAUGGGCAUAUAUUCUUCACAGCGGUGUGUCUAUGUAAUGCUAGUCAAUGACAUAAAAUCCCAAUAGAAUACACACGAAUAUUAUGACGAUAUUAUAACUUAUGGAAAUUAAUGGAGCAAAAACAAAAGGCUGUCCACUGGGAAUAAAUAGCUUGUUAGCAUAAAAAACCAUGCAUAGGAGUAAAGCUUCUCCCAAUCUUAUAUUUCUGUGCCCCACUUCUGUCAUAAUUAUGCCUUCUAUUGAGUACGUACCUUUUUCCAUCUAAAGAAGGACGUGGAAUCCUACAUGACAGCCAAUCAGGGACCACGCGUCAAAUUGAGAUGAGACACUUUGCGUCCCUGAACUGCUUCACCACGCAGCCAAUAAGAAGGAAGUUAAUGCAGAACUGAAGACACUAGUCUCUAGAUGUCAUUCACAAGAUGAAGCUUUUUAUUUUAUAAAACAUUUCCAUAAGAAUAGAGCAUUCACAUUCAUUGGUAUACUAGCAUUAAAAGGCAAGGUAAAGUUGCACACAAGAGAAGUGGCUUUCCUUUUUUUUUUUUUUUUUUUUAAUAGUACCUCAAAAUGUAGAUUUAUUCUAUGGCAAACUGGCUACAAAAAUAUCAACAAAUUUAUUGCAAAUUCCUGCCAUAUUUCGUAACUGAACAGUGUCACAAAUGCUGCAUGCAGAAAUGUUAGGAGAGAUUACAAAUGUUGAUAAACUUAGGAAUUAAAACAAUCUUCAGUGACACAACCAAAUCCAAAAGGCUGCUUUAAAAAUGAAGCAAGGAAAUGGGAAACUUUUUAGCAUCUUUUUUUUUUUUUUUUUAUUUUAAGAGCCGAUCAGAUCUGUAGCCUAAAUUCAAGCAGUCACCCAAAAAGCUUCUCAACCAAGAAUAAUCCAAGAAAUAACUUAAAAAAACAGCAGUAAUGAUAUCAGAACCUGUACAGGUAAAAAAAUAAUUCAAAUAUGUAGGCAAACAGUGUACUUUAGUGCACAAAAUACAGCAAAAAAGGCUUAGUUUUGUCAAUUUGCAGGUAUUUUUUUAGAUUUGGGCUAAAAAGUUUGGCCUGUGCAGCUGAUAAGGUCUAUGAUCACCUAAAUUAAAUUUGCCCCCGUGAUCUACAGCGUUUGGUUACAUUACAGUAAAUGCAUCAGGCAAUACGAACUCAUGUGGAAACCUCCUGUCUGAAUAAUUUCAGUCCCUGCAUAGGAAACUUGAUUCUUUCUCCAUACCCUGUCACUAUGUAUACACUGUUGGUUCACCCUCUCUGUCAGCACUCCUCUGUAACUGACAGCCGAGGACAUUCUCCCCAUUUUUUUUUUUUCCCCCACAGAAAAGGUCAGAAAUCAAAUCAAACCUGCCAAUCAGCCCAAGAUGUGGAGAGGAGGGGAAUGUAAUAUGUCUUUUAAAUGGUUUGGUGAGGG